UGAAAAAAAGAUGUCGUUUUGAUUUCCUUCACACCUCAACUCUCACUUAGCAGCCCUGGCCGGUCGGAGCUUGCUCCUCCACCUCGCAAGACGGCAGUGGGAAGUCCUUGCAGCGUCUCCACCAGGGGCGGAGGGACGGGGCCUGGUCCAAGGGCAAUUAGAGUCAGUCCCAGUCCAAAAUAAUCUUGCCCGGUUUGUACCAGAAUUCCCAAACCCAGGAAACUUCUUCUUCGGUUCUUCACUCUCCCGGUAGCGCGCAAGCGGCAAGACACCGAGCCAGAGCGCAGGGACUAGAGACGCAGUGGCCGCCCACCGCCACUCUCUGAACUGAUAACCGGGUUGCCCGCAGGCCAAGACUCCCAUUUGCAGCCUCCUGCCUUCUUGCCCUCCAUUGCCAGUCGGCAGUCUUUCUGCCUCUCUCUCAGACUCGACACUGGAUUGAGAAUUUUCUUCACUCCUCGAACUCAUGAAGGAUUACUUUACUUGACAGAGAAUAUCUCCUAUUCGAUCGCUUAGAGAUAAGGAGAAAGAGAAAAGGGGAAGGAAGAUCAAUUAAGUUGUCCUGAAUUUCACAAUAGUCAAGGUCAUGAAACAAGAAGUUAGGAAGAAUAUUGAAAGAUGGAGGAUCCAUGAAGGGCCAUCGCUGCAUUUCCUGUUUACAGACCUAGCUGCUCCCAGCUUGCUCCUCCACCUCACAAGACGCCAGCGACAAGUCCCUGUCACUGUCUUCGACUCUUCGCAUUGUUGGCUAUUGCAGUGUCUCCACUCGCUGUUAAUUUUAGAUCUCCGAGGCUCCGAAGUUCAAUAUCGGGUCCUUUGUCUUGCUAUCCUAGCAACCUCGCUCACUUGCUCCUGUGGCCAGCCUCCAAACCUCGCUCUAGCAUCCCGAUCUCUUGAACUCCUGGUGUGCUAGAUCCGCCACUGCGGGCAAUGAGGUCUGUAUGGAAGAGAAAAAAUUUCAAAAGUGUUAUUUCAAUUCGAGUCAAACCAUUCUCUGCACUUGCGCAGCUGAGCUAUAUCUCAGAUUAUUCUAGUUCUGAUGGAGAAAAUUCAAACAGUAAUUUCACCACUUCUGAUUUAGCCCAAGAUUGUUCUGAAGUAAGCUCGUAUGGGGCUGCAGAAAUGCUUUACAAACUAAGAAACAAACCAAUUUCUGCAUUAUCAUACUUCCGGAAAAUGAAGGAUCGUGGGUUGAAGUGCAACGUUGAUACCUUCGUGGCAAUCAUUCAUAUACUUUGUCAUUGGGGUAUGGAUAUGAGAUUAGAUUCUAUAUUGUUGGAGGUGAUAAAAGCAGAUAAUGACAGUUUGGGUUUCGAUAUGGCAGAAUUGCUUGAGGCAUUGAUGGAAGAUCUCUAUGGUGAGAGCCCUGAUUCUAUAAUCCGGACCCUAGAUGCACUGGUCAAGGCUUAUGUGAGUUUGGGCAUGUUUGAUGAGGCCAUUAAUAUCAUUUUUACUAGGAGACGUGGUUUUAGUCCACGAUUACUGUCUUGUAAUUUUUUGAUGAACAGACUUGUUGAGUAUGGGAAAGUGGAUAUGGCUGUGGCUGUUUAUAAGCAAUUGAAGAGGCUUGGGUUUAACCCAAAUGUUUACACGUAUGGAAUUGUGAUUAAAGCCCUUUGUAAAAAUGGGAAUUUGGAAGAAGCAUCUAGUAUUUUGGGGGAAAUGGAGGAAUUGGGUGUAAUUCCUAAUGAAUUCACUUAUUCCGCGUAUCUCAAUGGCCUUUGCUUGCACGGCCACUCAUCUUUGGCUUAUGUAGUGUUACAAGAAUGGAAAAAGACGGGUGUACCCCUCAAUGCAUUUCCUUUUACUGUCGUUGUUCGUGGAUUAGUCAAAGAAAGGAAGUUUUCAGAAGCACAGUCUCUUUUACUCGAUAUGGAAGAACAAGGUCUUGUCCCUGAUGAUUAUACUCACGGGGUGCUAAUUCAUGCUUAUUGCAAGGCAGGGAAAAUCACUAAUGCUUUGGAUGUCCAUAAUGAGAUGACUAGAAAGGGCAUUAAAACUAAUUGUGUGAUUGUUAGCUCUAUUCUUCAGUGUUUGUGCCAGAACGGGAUGACAUCUGAGGUUGUUGAACAAUUCAACAUUUUUAAGGAGCUUGGAGUUUUUCUUGAUGAGGUUGUUUAUAAUGUUGCAAUUGAUGCACUAUGCAAGCUGGGAAAGUUCAAAGAGGCUUUGAAGUUGUUAGACGAGAUGAAGGAUAAGCGGAUGACACCAGACAUUGUGCACUACUGCACUUUAAUGAAUGGUUAUUGCCGAAGCGGACAGUUAUUGGACGCAUUUUCAUUAUUUAGUGAAAUUAAGGAAAAAGGACCGGAACCAGAUGUGGUUACAUAUAAUGUGCUUCUAGGCGGGCUUUCCAGAAAUGGUUUGGUUCAAGAGACACUUAGCUUACUGGAUUAUAUGAAGGAACAAGGUUUAACACCGACCACUGUUACAUAUAAUGUCAUUAUUGAGGGUCUUUGCGUGGGACAUAUGGUGAAGGAAGCUGAAUUAUUUUUUGAUAAUCUUGAGUGUAAAACCAUAGAAAACUGUGCUGCCAUGAUAAAUGGAUAUUGUCGGUCAGGGAAUACAAGUAAAGCUUAUAAGCUCUUUCUAAUGCUGUCCAAACAAGGUAUGUCUAUAAGGAGGAGUUCUGGCAUGAAACUAAUGACUGCUCUUUGUGUGGAAGGUGAAUACAAUCAGGCUCUAGGUAUAUUUGAGAUAGUACUAUCUUCUUCAAGCAAUGCCCCGUGUAUGUCGAUGUACAACCAUAUAAUAGCCGCUUUAUGUCGUGCUGGGGAGAUGAAGAAAGCUAGGUUGGUGUUUGAUAAUAUGUUGUGGAGAGGGUUAACUCCCGAUGUAAUUAUUUAUACCAUGAUGUUGAAUGGUUAUUGUAAAGUUAACUGCUUACAGGAGGCACACAAUCUUUUUGAGAGCAUGAUAAGUAGGGGAAUAUCUCCAGAUGUGGUCACGUACACAGUUAUGCUUGAUGGUCAUUCCAAGGGUUUAAAAGGGACAGGGUCAUCUUUCCAUGCGGGGGGAUGGAACAAAACUGAUAAAACUGUUCAUGCUCUUCAGCGUGAAAUGAAGGAGAUGGGGUUGACCGCUGAUGUAAUAUGCUACACCGCUUUGAUCGAUAGUCAUUGCAAAUCUGAUAGCCUUGAAGAGGCUAUUCAGUUAUUCAAUGAGAUGAUUGAUAGAGGUGUAGAACCCGAUAAUGUUACAUACACUGCCCUCCUGUGUGGAUUUUAUAGGCAUGGGCGUAUAGAGAGGGCUGCCAGUCUCGUGAAUGAGAUGAUGGAUAAGGGAAUAGAACCUGAUAAUCAUAUGAUGGCAUUAUGCAGUGGCUUGUUCAAGGCCAGAAGAGUACGAAUUAAGGGUAAAACGUGAGGGUCUCCUGUGUAAGUCUACAAAUCUUGCUAGUUGUGAAAAACGUUCAAUGACAUAUGCUUCGAAGUUGUGUCAUCCCAUUACUGAAUGCAUCAUUACACUCUAGUCUGUCUAUUGAAUUAUCGGGCUAGAAGGGAUGAGGGAGUUAUCAACAUUCAUGGAGUAUGCAAUUAGUGGUGCUCAAUAGGCGUGUCAACAGCAUGGCGUGUCUCCUCUAUCGCUGGGGCGCUUAGUAUGGGUAUGGAUGAGCUACUUGCCAGCCAGGAGACUCAAAGACAGUAGUCAGUCCAUGCAAUUUUGGACGCGAUUUUCACUAUGGGUCAUCCGGAAACAGUCUCUCUGUGCUUUAGUACAGGGGUAAAAUUGCGUACAUUCGACCCCCCUUACUCCACCGUAGGUGAGAGCCUUUGCGGCACUGGGGUAAAUGAAAAUGAUGCUAGCAUGGUUCUCAUUUCUUUUCCUGGUCUUAUUAAAUAAAGUUAAUCGCAUGUCAAAUUAUCUUAUUUACAGCUUUCAAAACUUUUUUGACGUAUAAACUUGUUGCUACACCCCACAACUACAGAAUAGAUACUAUCAUACUUUUUCCUAUGGCAAAAUGUUUGGAUUAUUUAGUCACUAUUUUUACGUAAGGGAGAACUUUUAAAUGAUUCAACAAUAUUCUACUAUUCAAAAGAAUUAAAUUUGUUGUAGAGAAUCCAUAUCAUCCAAUUAGAUGUCUUCAAGCACUGAGAUUAUAUGCGUGCAUAUUGCAUAUUGCUUGAAUGAUAACAUUACUGAAUGUCUUGUUAUUGUCUAUUGCAUCACACUUGGAUGAGGGGCUGAAUUUCAUUGCAGUUCAGAAGAGAAGGGGUUUGUGAUUUCUGAAAAUGUGCACUACAGCGAUGAAAAAGAAUGAUACUAGGUCUUGCGCCCCGCGUGUUUUACUAAACAGUGGGUAAGAUUUGCAAUACACACCGGUGCUGCAUAUAGCAAUUACUCAUUUACUCAACUGGGCAUCAUAUACCUGUGUCAUGGCACAGAAAACGUGCACUAACUGUGCUGGAAAAGUGUGGGGCUGGAUCUUGUCGUUGUUGUGGGUUUUAUAAAACAAUCGAUGUUCACCUCGAUGGUCAUUCCCAAAUUGCAAUGUUUAUAGCAACUCAUGAUUGUAUAUUCAUUGCAAUUCAUGUGGACUUCCAACAAUAUUCAUUGCAAUUCCUCCACUCCAAAAAUGGAGAUGUUAUUGCUGUGUGAGUAUGCCUGUACUUCAUUGCUGUUAGGGUCAAAAUAAACUGAGCUUUUAGUGUCGUUUUUAGAAGCAUUACUGUAAAGGAGUGCAGGUUUCAAGUUUUUAACUAACUUGUGUACAUCAUGUAACUGCUUGAAAUGCUAUAUAAGUGAGGCAAGCUUUUGUAUACAAUCAAAUAGAGUACGUGAUAAAAUUACAAAAUAUAAUUUGUUUAUUGAUCUAACGUUGAAACUAAUGAUUGAGUACGAUAUUUUACCAGAAUAAUAAUAAUGAUUUGAGUAUUUGAGUA